AUGUCACAAACAGAAAAAAUUCGGAUUGGGCACAGCCCAGAUUCCGACGAUGCUUUCAUGUUCUACGCUCUCGCCAAAGGGUUAAUUCCAACGGAUCCUUAUAAGAUUGUUCAUGUCGUUGAAGAUAUUGAAACCCUCAAUCAACGCGCGCUUGCAGCUGAACUUGAAGUUACGGCAAUCUCUGUUCACGCCUACGCUUACGUCGCGAAGGAUUAUAUGUUCAUGCCUUGCGGCGCGAGUAUCGGCGAUCAGUACGGUCCCCUUGUUGUUUCCAAGGCACCGAUGGACACACUCGCGGGUAAACGCAUCGCUAUUCCCGGCAAAAUGACGACCGCCUAUCUCACACUUAGCCUCUUCGAGCCAAAUUUUGAGGCAGAGCCCCGUCCCUUUGAUAAAAUAUUAGAUGCCGUCCAACAAGAUGAAGUAGAUGCCGGACUCAUUAUCCAUGAAGGACAAUUAACUUACGCACGCGAAGGUCUUCACAAAGUCAUCGAUUUGGGUGAGUGGUGGUAUGAGGAAACAGGACUACCGCUACCUCUCGGUGCUAAUGUAAUUCGUCGCAACCUCGGCACUGAGAAAAUUCGCAAGAUAACAGCAUUACUCAAACAGAGCAUCGAGUACUCACUUGAACAUCGAGAAAGCGGGUUAGCGUACGCAAUGACUUACGCACGCGACAUGGAAACCUCGCUCGCGGAUAAGUUUGUAGGGAUGUAUGUCAAUGACUAUACGCUUGAUUACGGGGAAAAGGGUAGAGCAGGGGUGCGAGAAUUGCUCCACCGUGGUAACGCAGCUGGAAUUAUUCCACAUCGUGUAGAUGCUGACUUUGUCUCGUUUGAAUAG